AGCUUCCCCGGUGACUAACAGUUUCUCCCUCGGCCCCUGACAGACACCCCCGGGCCCCAGCCCUCACAGCGCGGGCGGGGAGGUUUCACAGCCCCUCUACCGCGACCAGCCGCACCUCAACACACCUCUCACUUCUCCCCCUCCUCAGCCCUGCGUUAGAGGCUAUAUUCGGGGCGGGCCAGGUGAGAGACCCGCCCUGCCCCAUCCAGUUUCGCCCAGGUGCGGAGGGCAGGGCCCGUGGUGGACCAGUGUGCCCAGCUGGCUCGGGAGGAGGAGCUGCCACCACCACCCCCUGCGCGUCCCAGGUGUAACCGGAGCCGGGAGGGCGCGGCGCAGCCACCACCACCUGCGGAACCUGUUGGGCGGCUCAUAUCGGCUUCACCGCCGCGCACAGACCGUUCCGGCUUCUCCGCUGACUUUGCCCCGGCUUCCCUGUGCUCCACCAGCAGCCCGAGCCAUGAAGCCGUUCUGUGGGGCUGCGCUCCUGCUGCUGCUGUGUACUGCUGCCUAUGCCCAGAACUCAUGUAUCUGCGAGAAGAACAAGCGCGUCACCAACUGCAGGCUGACCGGCGGCGACUGCUGGUGCGAUGCGGUGGGCUCCGGUGCGACUGUGAACUGCAACACGCUGACUCCAAAAUGCCUGCUGAUGAAAGCAGAAAUGAUGGGCUCAAAAUCAGGUCGCCGUGAGAAACCAAAAGAUGCAUUUCAGGAUACGGAUGGCCUUUACGAUCCCGAGUGUGAAAACACUGGUAUUUUCAAGGCAAGGCAGUGCAAUGGGACUACCUGUUGGUGUGUGAAUACAGCUGGUGUUAGAAGAACUGACAAACAUGAUGUAGACUUGAAGUGCAAUCAAUUAGUCAGAACAUGGUGGAUCAUAAUUGAAAUGAAACAUGCUGACAGAAAUACUCCUCUGAACACUGAGACUUUAAAGAAGUUUUUCAAGGAAACAAUUAGCAAUCGUUACAUGCUGGAUGGACGCUAUAUAAACAAUGUUCUGUAUGAGAAACCUUACAUUACUAUUGAUUUGAAGCAGAAUUCCUCAGAAAAAUCUUCUGGAGAUGUGGAUAUAGCUGAUGUGGCCUACUACUUUGAGAAAGAUGUAAAAGAUGACUCCAUCUUUCAUAAUAACAUACUCAACCUCACCAUUGAUAACGAAAUGUUGAAGCUUGAGAAGACAGUGGUCUACUACGUUGAUGAAAUAGCACCAGAGUUUUCCAUGAAGUCUCUGACUCCUGGCCUCAUUGCGGUCAUUGUAGUCAUAGUAAUAGCAGUAGUUGCUGCAAUUGUUGUUCUGGUCCUCACAAGGAGGAGGAAAGGGAAGUACGUGAAAGCAGAGGUAAAGGAAAUGAACGAGAUGCAUAGAGGACUGAAUGCAUAACAUAAUCAGCCAAAGUAAGAUUCAAACAAGAUGACGGAAUCAUUGGAGGCAUGGAUCUCAACUCUUUAAUGAUCCCUCUUGAAAGGGGGGCAGUUGUGCUCACUUAAUAAUUGUUAAAACUCUUAACAGCCAAGACUGGUAACUAUGCUAUUACUCUGAGAGUUAAAAACUAGCCCCAUCUUACUCAAGUCAAACCUAACUAUUGCUCCCUGACUUUAUUUUUUUAAUGGGAUGAAAUUAGUUGACAAGUGCUGUUACUAGGGAUUUGGAGCAUAGAUGCUUAAAUAGUUAUUUUACCCCUGUGGGAGGUUUAUUGAGACUAAAGAUUUUUAUAGCCAAGUUGUAACAGAUUGCCUCCUGUAUAACUGAACAUGGUGUUUUUAUGGCUGUUUGUACAUAUUUGAAGUUGCUGUAACUUUUUUUUUAUUACUUGAAUUAAUAAAACUUUGAAACAGG